CCAUUUGGAUUUGAUAGUGAUGACGAGUCAAAGCCAGUAUCAUCGAAAAAUAUUUCGCAGCCCAAGAGUGCAAGUCAGCAGUCUCUAGAUCGUUUGGGGGUUUCUGUUUCUGAAAACUCUGCCCCUUUAUUUGAAGAAAACAGUAAGACAGACCAUGCCAUUUCUGCUGAAACCACAGUGUCUUGCAGGUUUUCUUUUGAUAGCACUUUGCAUGGACUAAAAGAAAAAAAUGCUAACAAGGUCAUAGAGGAUGGUAAACGACUGCACAGCUCCCCGAAGAAAACCAUCACAGGCAAUCUGCAUAGUUUUACAGAAGACAAAAAUAGUUAUUUUCCAAAGAAGUCUGAUAAUGACAGCAAAAAAUCUACAAGCAUGUUACCUUCAGGCCUUUCUACUAAAUCCUGCAACAGCAGCAAGCUACCUGUGGAGUCAAUCAUCUCUGAUUUUGCCACAGAGACAGAUGACUGGGGAACAGACUCUCCAGAACAAAAUGAGGAGAACAGAAGCUCUCAAAACCUAUUGCUGUAUGAUUGGGAUGAAUUGACUCAAGAAAAUUCAUAUGUUCCCAAUUUUGAUUCCAUUGAGGAUGAAGGUUGUCCUUUUGAACCCAAAGCUGAAGAUGAUUGUCAGCUUGCUAUAGAACAAAUGGAUGAUCCAGAAGAGCAAACUAGCGAGGAUGUGCUUCAAGGUGGUGUCAAACUUGGUAAUUGUAGGACAUAUUGUAGAUCUAACAAGGCAAGAUCUUCACAAGGUUCCUCCAGUUUCGACAGACUUUUAGAUGGCUCAAGCUUUUCAAUGGCCAAAUCUAACAAUGCCACAGAAAGAACAAGCACUGUGAAUAGAAGCAGUGGGACCAAAACCACUGGACGGACUAGAGAUUAUACAGUUCUGCAUCCGUCUUGUCUCUCAGUAUGUAAUGUUACCAUCCAGGAUAGCAUGGAAAGAGGUAUAGAUGAGUUCACUGCAAGCCCUACAACAGAUUUAGGGGAAGCAGGGCGUCUUAGAAAGAAAGCUGAUCUUGCAACAGCAAAAACAACCACACGAUUUCGUCCUGGCAAUAUCAAGUCCAAAAAAGAUGCCAAAUUGGAGUUCUUUGGUUUUGAUGACCAAGAUGAUGGCUGCAGUGAGGAAGGAGGUUCUAAGCCACUUGGGCAGUCUAGCUAUAGAAUUAAAUAUUUUGGCUUUGAUGACUUGAGUGAAAGUGAUGAUGAAGAAGAUGAUAAUGGUUGGCAUCAAAAAGAAAGGAAGUUAAAGAAGAAAGCAAUGAGUGCCGAUGUCACCUUAGUGUCUGAUAUGCCAAGCUCAGGAGUUAAAAAUAUACAGAAUAUUGACUCUUCCAAUAAUAUUGAGUCUGGAGACGAUCUGUAUGCUCUACCUGAAAUCUUCAAAAAGCCUGCAAGUAGACCAGGAGAUAAAAGCAGAGAUGGAGCUCGAAAGAUAUUCAGUGGACCUAAACGGUCUCCAACAAAAGCUGUCUAUAAUGCAAGACACUGGAACCAGCCAGAGUCUGAUGAGCUCCCAGCUGUGCCAGUUUUUAAAGCUCAGUCUGCACCAGCAAAGCCAUUGGAGGCUCCAUGCCCAAAGGAUGAUGGUGUUUUUAAGGCACCUGCUCCACCUCCUAAAGUGAUUAAAACUGUGACUGUUCCCACCCAGCCCUAUCAGGACAUAGUGACUGCACUGAAAUGCAGAAAGGAGCACAAGGAACUGUACACUGUUGUUCAACAUGUGAAACACUUCAAUGAUGUGGUGGAGUUUGGAGAGAAUCAGGAGUUUACUGAUGAUAUUGAGUACUUGCUGAGUGGGCUUAAGUGUAAUCAGCCCAUAAACACACGAUGCCUUAGUGUAAUAAGCUUGGCAACAAAGUGCGCAAUGCCAAGUUUCCGAAUGCACCUGAGAGCACAUGGAAUGGUAGCCAUGGUCUUUAAAACACUGGAUGACAGUCAGCACCACCCGAAUCUAGCUCUCUGUACUGCUGCGCUAAUGUAUAUACUAAGCCGAGACCCGCUUAAAUAUGGACCUUGACAGAGCUAGUCUGGACCUCAUGAUACGACUUUUAGAAAUGGAGCAAGAUAUCACAUCCAAGCAUAUGAAUGAGAAAGAUAUGAACAAAAUAAAAGAGAAAAUUCGCAAGUUGUGUGAAACUGUUCACAAUAAGCAUCUUGACUUGGAGAAUAUCACAACUGGUCAUUUAGCAAUGGAGACAUUACUUUCACUCACAUCAAAACGAGCAGGAGACUGGUUUAAAGAGGAGCUGAGGCUUUUAGGUGGACUGGACCAUAUUGUAGACAAGGUUAAAGAAUGUGCGAAUCAUCUUGACAAUGAUGAAAAUGAGGAGAAAUUAGUUGCAUUUUUAUGGGGAGCUGAACGAUGCUUAAGGGUCCUGGAGAGUGUUACAGUGCAUAAUCCAGAAAACCAGAGUUACUUAAUUGCAUAUAAAGACUCCCAGCUCAUAGUGUCUUCAGCAAAAGCCCUUAGACACUGUGAGGAGUUCAUUCAGAGGUAUAACAGAGCUGAAGAUACCAUCUGCAUUCCUAACAACGAAACACUCCCUCACCAUAGUGCAAGCAGCCACGUGGGAAAAGCUGUGGAGGACUGUAUGAGGGCAAUCAUUGGUGUGCUGCUCAAUUUAACAAAUGAUAAUGAGUGGGGAAGUACAAAGACAGGUGAACAGGACAAUCUGAUAAGCACUGCACUUAACUGCGUUCUUCAAGUUCCAAAGUUCCUACCUCAAGAACAGAGAUUUGAUAUUAGAGUUUUGGGAUUGGGCCUACUGAUUAAUUUAGUUGAAUAUAGUGCAAGAAACCGGCAUUGCCUUGUGAAUAUGCAAACAAUACAAUCAUAUGAUUCGUUUUGUGAGGAUGAAGAGGACACAGGGCAAGUCGAUGCAGUCCAUGCGUUGGUACAGCUUUUCCUUGAGCGGGAAAAAGCAGCCCAGUUAGCGGAAAGUCAGACAGAUGAGUUAAUUAAAGAGGUUCCUACAGCGCAACAAGACAAGAGUGGGGAAUGGCAAGAGACUGGAGGUGAGAUCCAGUGGGUUUCAACUGAAAAGAGUCCUAAUCCUGAAGAGCCAGAAAAGAAAGAAGAGGAAGAUGAAGAACUUGACCUUACUAAAGCUCUCCAGCAUGCUGGGAAGCACAUGGAAGAUUGCAUUGUUGCCUCCUACACAGCUUUGCUUCUAGGAUGUCUUUGCCAGGAGAGUCCAAUUAAUGUGACUACUGUACGGAGCCAUCUACCAGAUGGAGAUUUUUCAAUAAUGACCGAAAUGCUUCAAAAAUUUCUCAGUUUCAUGAACCUCACCUGUGCAGUGGGAACAACAGGCCAGAAGUCCAUCUCAAGA